AUGCAUUCUCACACAUCCAUCGUUCACAAUGGACGCCGAGAGUAUUUGUUCACGCUAACGCAUCAGUUGUGCCAACAGUUACAUUCUACAGGCACUCUCUCUCUCUCUCUCGGACCAAACGUAUUUAUCUCUGGAAUAAAAAAGAAUAGCACCAAUAUAAGGAGCAUCACUUUGCGUGGCACCACAAGCACAGACGGUACGUGCAAGGGCUCCCAAUAUAGUGACUUUUACGGAACAUGGGAUGACGUAGUGGUGCAAGCAUCCGUCAAGAUCACAUUACGUGACUUCUACGCCAAUGUAAAAAUGAAAGCCAACCAGGUGCACCUACAGAUAGGAACCGUUUGCGCAUUGGACGAGGAAACCUGUCUCGACUCAGACGGAAGCGAGACGUAUUGGUCAAAUAUACCAACCGAUAGUUGUGGCUUUAACGAAUACGAUGUCCUUUACGACAGGCUGGCAACAAAACUAAUACCCGCCGAAUCGUUGCAAGGAUCCACAUUGUAUACAGUAACAAUAAAAGAUGUCACCUUCGCGUUAACAAGAACGAGCGAAUUCAUCCUGUGUGUAUAUUCAAUAGUAAAAACGGAACAUCCCAAGUUGUUCAUUCUUGAAACAUCGCCAGGAAGAACGUUCAAAGGUAAAAUGAAAUCCUCCGUAGAAAAUCUAGACAUCUUCGCGUACGUAAAUUCAAAAUUCAUUUACGUGGAAAGAAACCUUAAAACACAACUGAACGCUCUGUACAUUGAUGUCACCCGACAAAAAUGCGUGUUAGAACAACAAGUACUUAAAAACACUCUCUCACUGGCAACACUAGCACCCGACGAAAUGGCUUAUGCCCUAAUGAAACAAUCGGGAUAAAUGGCUGUCAUUGCAUCAGAAGUUAUCUAUAUCAUAAAAUGCGUUCCAGCAGAAGUCAGGAUAAGACAAACAGAAGACUGUUAUAAGGAACUACCAAUAACAUAUCAAAACGAAUCUUAUUUUCUCACGUCUACGACACGAAUUAUUUUAAAAGAAGCAUCUCCAAAAGACUGUAACGAGUUGCUACCAAAUAUGUACAAUCUGCAUGGAACAUGGUACAG